AUGAUCCUCCCACGAGUCCCCUCCCCCUUCCACACCCGGCCGCCGUCAUCGCAAGCACCCCCACAAUCCCCUCCUCCUGCCCCGAGCCCCCCGCCCCAAUGGGUCCUGCCCAAAUCCUACCGCGUGGCCCUCUGCCUCGACGCCUCGAUUCUCCUCCUCACCUUCGUCAUCCUGAUCGGCGCCGUGCUGUACCUGCGGCGGCGGGGGCCCAUCCCUAACUACCGGAGGAUCGAGGAAGAGGAGACGCUUCUCUUCUCGCACGUCGACGACGCGAAAGACCCAAUGAUGACGACGGACAUGGAUGAGAGGGAAGAUACCGCCAUGGAUGAGAAGGUGGAGAAGGAGGAAGCUGCCGCUGCAGCAGUUGCACAGGAGGAGGGCAGGAAAAAGAAGCAGAAGCGGGGACACCUCCGCCUGGAGGCCCCGCGAAUCGUCAUAUGGGACGCGGAGACGGGCAGCACGAUGGCGGACGAAGAAGAAGUAGAAAGAGAAGAAGCAGAAAGAGAAGAAGCAGGGCGGUGGACCACGUGCACCUGCCGCGGGAGGAUACACCCCGCGUGCUGGUGGUUCGAGCUGGAGUAUAAGGUGCCGGAGGAUGGGCGGGGCGGGAGAUGA